UGGAUGACCAUGGCGUCCGGCAAGGAUGACGGCGAGAGCACCCCCCUCCUGGACUCGUCCGGUAACAGAACGCCCCCGGCGCCGUCCGUCUUCCAGGGACGGCGACUGGCGUGCGCCGCCGUCCUGCUGGCGGAGUCGCUGGAGCGGGUGGCGUUCUACGGCGUCACCUCCAACCUGGUGCUCUUCCUCAACGGCAGUCCCUUCUACUGGGAGGGCACGCAGGCCAGUCAGGCCCCGCUGAUCUUCAUGGCCGUCACGUACCUCAUCUCGCCGUUCGGCGGCUGGCUGGCCGACGCCUUCUUCGGGAAGUUCUGGACCAUCGCCUGCAGCCUCAUUUUCUACAUGGCGGGGAUGCUGUUCUUCCCGUUCAUCGCCAACGAGGACACCAGGAUAGGCCUGUGCGGAGAGCAGCCGGCGUUCCCCGUGCAGCCCGCCGAGUGCCUGAGCGCCAACAGCACCCCGCCCAGCACCGUGACCUGCCCCGUGCGGGCGCCGUACUGCGGCCUGGUGGUCUACGCCGGACUCUUCCUGGUCGCCCUGGGCGUGGGCUCGGUGAAGUCCAACAUCACUGCGUUCGGCGCCGAUCAGGUACACACCCGCAUCUCCCCCUGCUGGUCCCAGAAACCCAAGGACCCCACCCUGCUGCGGAACCGACCCACUCUGCUGGACAACGCCAAGGUCACGUACGGGGGCAGGUUUCCCGAGGAGAAGGUGGAGGAAGUCAAAGCUCUGUUGAAGGUUCUCCCGGUUUUCCUGGCCCUCAUCCCUUACUGGACCGUGUACUUCCAGAUGCAGACGACGUAUGUCCUGCAGAGCCUCCACCUGANNNGACCAGGUUCUCCACCCGUCAGGGUACCCACCACCUUUCGUCUUCCCACGGCCUGGCUCACCAUGUUUGACGCGGUGCUCAUCCUCCUGCUGAUCCCCCUGAAGGACAAGGUGGUGGACCCCGUCCUGAAGCGCCGCGGUCUCCUGCCCUCGCCGCUCAAGAGGAUCGCAGUGGGGAUGUUCUUCGUCAUGUGGUCGGCCGUGGCAGCAGGAAUCCUGGAGACCAAACGCCUUGAGAUCAUCAAGUCCAACGGUACCAUUGACCAGGUGCUGGGAAAAGUCACCUACUACGCAGCGGACCUGCCGAUCUGGUGGCAGGUUCCGCAGUACGUGCUGAUCGGAAUCAGCGAGAUCUUCGCUAGCAUCGCAGGUCUGGAGUUCGCCUACUCUGCUGCCCCCAAGUCCAUGCAGAGCGCCAUCAUGGGGCUGUUCUUCUUCUUCUCCGGCAUCGGUUCCUUCGUAGGCUACGGCUUGUUAGCGCUGGUGUCGCUGAAGGAGAUCGGCUGGAUGUCCUCGCACAGAGACUUCGGUGAGUCCUGCACGGUGUCCGACAUGAGGUUCAACAUGAG